AUAUUCAGAAAAUUAAAGGGGCCAGGAGCACAGUCAGAAACGGAUCUUUUUAUGGAUUUAUCACAAUAGUAACUGCGAAUUUUGUGCACUAUACCUACGCUGUUAUACAUUUGAUGCCCUGUGCAUUGCAAGUGCAACUUUUUGGGCGAGAUUUUACAGAUUCACCGAAACAAGUACAUAUGGCUGCGAUUAGGAAAAAGCUGGUCAUUGUUGGAGAUGGUGCUUGCGGAAAGACAUGUUUGCUGAUAGUAUUUAGCAAAGAUCAGUUCCCAGAAGUUUACGUCCCAACAGUAUUUGAGAACUAUGUAGCUGAUAUUGAAGUAGAUAAUAAACAAGUUGAAUUAGCAUUAUGGGAUACUGCCGGUCAGGAAGACUACGACAGACUGAGACCACUCUCAUAUCCAGACACAGAUGUUAUACUCAUGUGCUUUGCCAUAGAUAAUCCAGACAGCUUGGAAAAUAUCCCUGAGAAAUGGACACCAGAGGUGAGGCAUUUCUGUCCCAACGUCCCUAUUAUCCUGGUUGGUAACAAGAAGGAUCUUCGAAAUGACGAUCACACCAAGCUGGAGCUACAGCGAACAAAGCAAACUCCUGUCUCGUAUGACGAAGGUCACCAGAUGGCCGUGAAGAGCGGUGCUGCCAAGUACAUGGAGUGCUCAGCCAAGACUAAUGAUGGAGUGAGAGAAGUCUUUGAAACGGCAACAAGACAAGCUCUGCAGAGCAGGAAGAAGAAGAACAGGUUCAAAUGCCAGAUCUUCUAAAAAAAACAUGCACUUAUUAUAAAACUAUUUCAGUCAAAGACUGAACUUUUGGGAAAGGCACAUUUUCAGUGAAUCAUUGAGUUAUGUGAGAUCAUCCAUGUGAGAUGCCAAUAGGAGAUAUGGACAUUCUGCAGAAGAACAUUUGAAGAGAUAAAUUUACUGCAGUGAUAUUCUACAUUGCAGAUGUACAUGUAAAUGUAAUUCUUAGUUUUACCAAGUUUGGAGUUAUUCACAAUGUAAUUUGUGAACUACAUUUAUGCCUGGCCUAUUAGUGUCUUGAGGUUUUAUACUGUACAUCUGCACAUGUAGAUGACAGUAACCCUUUUCAUGU